CCUAAAUACUAGUCGUAAGUAGUGGCGUACAGAAAUCCGUGUGGGCGGGGCGAUUAUAUCACCAUCACCAUCAUAUAAAUAGAAAAAGAAGAGAAACUCUGGCGAUUGAAACAGAGAGGCAGAUUGCAGCAAAAGAGGAAGAGAGAAAAGGAAAAAAACAGAGGAGGGAGAGAAAGUUACCCUUUUCCCCUUCCGUUUGUUCUCUCCCAUUUUCCAGACUUUUAAAACCAUAAAUCCCAGCUGGGUAUCGAGUUAAAUAGUUACAAUCCGACACCACUGUGAAAAAGUCUCGAUCUUGGCUGGUUUUUACUCCUUUUGGGGGAAGAGAAAGAGGAGUUGUCUCGCUCUAUAUAGGAACAAAGGAUGAGAGCUUUAUCCAUUUCCAGCUAGCUACGAUAGCUAGUUAGUUUUACCCCUAAAGCUUCUGGCUUCUGCUGUUUAUCUUGUACGUAACUCUCUCUCUUUCUCUCUCAGUAAAUUCUGGAUAUGGGGUUUUGAUGAUCUGUGUGUUCUAGUUCUCAUCUCCCUCGAAUUCUCAGCUGGCAAUUCUGUGCCCAGAGCUCAUUUUUGCUGGUACCUCCUCCGUUUUUCUGUUCUUCUAGAUGUGAUUACAAUUACAUUUGUUUCUUGUUAUCUUGGUUCAUGUUUAUGGAAGAUGGGAAUUAACGACAAGAAUAAAAGAUGUCAUCAUCUUUAUAUCUGUGGUCUACGUCUUUUCCCUUCUGGGUUUUGGUUGGUAUCUGAGAAAAAGAUUUUUAAGAGGAAGGAAAGGAAGCCGGGGGAAUUUUUGUGGUCUAAAUACCUUUUGCUUCACUUCUCUCUUCUGGAUUGUGUUUGGUUGCUGAGAAAUUAGAUUCUUGGGAAGAUAAUUACUUUCACAUGUAGAGGAACUAGAAGCAAAAUUAAAAAGCUUUUCCGCCAUCCUUCAUUCCUCUUCUUCCCAGGACCAACUUGCACAUAGAUUAGAGAAGAAAAUGGCAAUCCAACUUGAGGACCCACUUGUGUUUGUUGGGUUGAUUAAUCAGUUCAAUUUGCCAUACCUCUCUCUCUCUCUCUCUCUCAGCAACCAAACAAACCCCAGAAAGUGGAAACUGCUAAUUAGGAAAAUGGCAAGAGUCUCCAUCCCUAGCUGUAGAGGUUGAAGACCCUAAACCUCUUCUUUUUAUUAAUUUCUCUCUUGUCAUUACCUCAUUUGGUUGCUUCCAAAACAUUCUGGAUUGCACCAUUGGAGAAUUUCUGUUCUUUGAAUAUUCGAUCUAUGAUCUAUAGUACUAAUACUAGACUUAGCGGGUAUGUCACAAGAUUUUCAGACUUACAUAUAAAAAUUCUUAGAUCCUCACCUUUCUGACUCACUGGGAAUCUUCUGACUCAGAUAACGUCUUGUGCUUUGUAUUAGGUGUAUAAAAGGAGACACCAUAUACAUUAUUGAUCAGCAGUUCAAUUUCUCUCAAAAUGGGGCAUCUUUCUGCAAUGUUCAAGCUUGCACGGUCUCUCUCUCUGAAGAAAAGCAAGAACUUUUGUGGGGAUGAGGAUAAUGGUGGAGGUGGUGGCAGAGAGGCCGCGAAAGCCAUGGAGAAAGAAGCUAAGAAGAAUGAGUUGAUCUUGAGAUCGUCUGGUUGUGUUAAUGUUGCUGGUUCCAAUAACUUGGCCUCGUUAUUCUCGAAGAGGGGAGAGAAGGGUGUUAAUCAGGAUUGCUUCAUCGUUUGGGAGGAAUUCGGUUGCCAAGAGGACAUGACAUUCUGCGGGAUAUUCGACGGGCAUGGACCAUGGGGACAUUUUGUGGCCAAGAAAGUUAGGGAAUCACUGCCAUCACACCUGCUGUGCAACUGGCAAGAAGCCUUAGCUGCUGCUGAAUCCUCUUCGGUCGAUUAUCUUCUUGACGAAAUCGACUUGGGAUCUGAUAAAAAGCUCCAGAGAUUCAACAUGUGGAAGCAUUGCUACUUAAAGACAUGUGCUGCUGUGGAUCAGGAGCUGGAGCAGCACCGCAGGAUUGAUUCCUUCCACAGUGGCACCACCGCCUUGACCAUCGUCAGACAGGCAAAGUUGCUUUAUAUAGCCAAUGUGGGAGAUUCUAGAGCUGUUUUGGCCACAUCAGAAGAUGGAAUUUUGGUGCCUGUUCAGCUGACUGUAGAUUUCAAGCCCAGCCUACCUCAAGAGGCAGAGAGGAUAGUGGAAUGCAAGGGCAGAGUGUUCUGCCUCGGCGACGAGCCAGGGGUCCAUAGGGUCUGGCUACCGGAUGAAGAAUCGCCAGGGCUUGCAAUGUCUCGAGCUUUCGGAGACUACUGCAUCAAGGAUUUCGGUCUCAUCUCCGUGCCCGAAGUGACCCAGAGGCACAUUUCCAGUAAAGACCAGUUCGUGAUCAUGGCGACGGAUGGAGUGUGGGACGUGGUGUCAAACCAGGAAGCCGUGCAGAUCGUAUCGUCUGUGACAGACCGGUCGAAGGCGGCCAAGUGCCUGGUGAAGGCCGCGAUGAAGGCCUGGAGGCGGCGGAGGAGAGGGAUUGCCAUGGAUGACAUCUCUGCUGUUUGCUUGUUCUUGCAUUCUCCCCCUACACCUCCUCCUUUUGCCGCCACAAAGAUGGUUUGAGACAAAAAUUGGAGAUUCUAUUCUGUUUUGUAAAUUGGGCCACAAAAGUGGGUCGUCGUUGCUUUCCAUGGGUCUCUUUUAAGUUUUAUGGCCAACUACUAGACUUCGUAAGAAAAUCAACCAGUCUCAAGAACAUAUGAGACUGCCCAGAAUAUGAAAAAGGGUCACCUCAAAAAACACAAUUACAAGCAGGUUUCAACGAGAAUUGAAAGAGAACAAGCCGCUGACAAAUCCAGGACACUUUACCUUGUCGACUAACCAAAAUAGAUUUGGCCGUGAUCG